UGGCGGCGUGGUUUGGAAAGUGAAAAGAGGGAGUGUUUUUUGUUCCGAUUUGUUUAUAUUCAUAUCUUCCAAUAUGAAAUUCUAAGUUUUGUGCGAUUUAUACGAUUUGUGUGUUAAUAAUUUUUAUCCUCGUGGCUUUUGUAUAGACUGUUUAACAUGUCAAAUCAUGAUUUUUGUGCGGUUAUGUUGAAUCGGAAGUAAAUUUUGCGGAAGUCGGAAAAGUUCUACCUUCUGACAAGGAGAGCAGCAAAAUGGUAACUGCUCAGGGUGGCAAUAUGGUCAAACGUUCCCGCCAGCUUGCCACGACCAUUCUUGUUAUCAUUUUGACUGCUGCGGCGCCGUUUACACAUGCUGCAGAAGGUGGCAACUUUUCCGACUUUCCGUUCAUUUACCUAACGCAUCCGCCGGAGGUGACGGUGAGCCCGCGGAACCAGCAGGUGAAGGAGGAGAGCGUGGCGGCGUUCUACUGCGCGGCGACCGGGGGGCCGCAGCCGGUCAUCCAGUGGCGGAAGAACGGGAAGCGGAUGGCCCAGACCCAGUCCCGCUACCAGAUCCAGGACUCCCCGGGGAUGUCCGUCCUCCGCAUCUACCCCGUCCGCGUCGGCCGCGACAACACCUCCUACGAGUGUAUAGCAGAGAACGGCGUCGGCGACCCCGUCAGCGUCACCGCCAACCUCACCAUCUAUCCAAAAUCGAAAGUACCCGAAGGAUAUCCAGAAAUCAAACAAGCAGAGCCGGCCGCGAGGGUGGUGGAAGUCGGCAAUGACGUCAUCCUGAAAUGCCCUGCCACCGGAGCCCAACCUCUCAGAAUAACGUGGCUCCGCAACCAAAUCCCCAUCGAUAUCUCCGAUCGGCAGCACUACAAGCAAGUCUCCGAUUAUCCUGGCACCCUGAAAAUAACGAAAAGCCUCGAGUCGGACCAGGCGAAAUACGAAUGCGUAGCCGAGAACGACAUCGGGACCGAGAUCUCUCAGCCGACGCAGCUCUACGUCAAAUAUCGGAAGGUGCCGCCUCACUUCACGAUCCCUCCACCGCCGGUGGUGCAGGUGACUCUGGGGGACAGCAUCAACCUGACGUGCGUGGCGGCCGGGUCGCCGCUCCCGCUGGUCAAGUGGCGUCGCGGCCCCGCCGAGGACCUCUCGUCCGACGACAACCUCCCCGUCGGCAAAAGCGUCCUCGAGCUGGAGAACCUCAAGGAGUCCGACAACUAUACCUGCAUCGCCGCCAGCGCCAUCGGCAGCAUCGAAACCACCACCAUCGUCAAAGUUCAAUCAUUACCCGGGCCUCCGGCUGAUGUACGAGUAUCGGAAGUUACGGCUACAAGCGUUGUAUUAACAUGGAAAGCUCCAGGCCCUGAUGAUCUUCAGUACUAUGUGAUCCAGUACAAGCAGAAAUCAACCAAUCAAGCAUACAGUGAGAUCUCUGGUGUUAUUUCCCUUCAUUAUACGGUUCGUGGUCUGUCUCCGUACACCGGUUAUGAGUUUUUCAUUGUGGCUGUGAAUUCCCUUGGCAGGGGUCCACCCUCAGCUCCUGUUUUUGUCACCACUGGUGAAACUGCUGAUUCUUCUUUUGGAGGUGCAAAACCUGGAACCGCUCCGAAAAAUGUGCAAGUGAGGCCUCUCAGCUCCAGUACCAUGGUCAUUCAAUGGGACGCUCCUGAAACACAGAAUGGACAAAUCACGGGUUACAAGGUAUACUAUACACUGAAACCUGAAAUGCCAAUGUCCUCUUGGGAUUCACAAAUGGUGGAUAGUAAUGAGCUAACGACAAUCAGCGAACUCACCCCUCACGCAAUAUACACCAUCCGAGUCCAGGCGUUUACCAGUGUUGGCCCUGGUCCGUUAUCAGAUCCUGUUCAAGUUAAAACACAGCAAGGAGUGCCAAGUCAACCUCAAGAUCUAAAUUACACAGAUACUGGAGAAACAAGUGUAACGUUGUCCUGGACAAAACCGUCUCACUCGGAAGGAAAUAUCAUCAGCUACGAACUGUAUUGGAAUGAUACCUAUUCAAAUGAAAAGCAUCAUAGGAGAAUCUUAAACGCCUCUGCCUUAACUUACACACUCACAAAUUUAUAUCCGAAUACUUUAUACUACAUCUGGCUGGCGGCAAGAUCACAGAGAGGAGAAGGUGCUACAACACCUCCUAUAGCAGUCCGCACAAAGGAGUAUGUCCCCGGAGCUCCACCGCAGAAUGUAUCAGGGGAAGCCACUGGCCCAACCUCUAUCCGAGUGAGUUGGGAGCCACCGCCUGUCGACCGUACUGGGCGCAUUGUGUACUACAAGCUACAGUACGUAGAUUCCAGUAGACCCGAUUCCGAAGCUGACACUGUUACAUUAAAUGGAACAUCAUUUAUUUUGGACGAAUUAAAACGCUGGACUGAUUAUCGGAUCUGGGUGCAUGCUGGUACCUCUGUAGGCGAUGGGCCUGCAUCCAGUCCCAUCACUGUCCGAACUCAUGAAGAUGUUGGUAUCACGAUGCCUGGUGCCCCUCAAGAAGUUGUCGUGAAUGCUAUCAAUUCAACAACAAUACACAUAAGAUGGAAACCACCCGCAGACAAAGAUUUGAAUGGAGUCAUUCGUGGGUACCAAGUGCAUGUUCAAGAAGCGCAUGAGUCCCAAGAGGGUGUCAAUACGCGCAAUGAAUCAAUGCUAUUCCAUGUGAUGAACGGCACCAUGCUUGAGUACAACGUUUCAGGUCUUCAACCUAACACUUCAUACACCGUUCAAGUAGCUGCCUUAACUCGUAAAGGUGAUGGAAAUAGAAGUCAGCCUUCCACCGUUAGCACUCCUGGCGGUGUGCCCAGUCGGCCAUCUUUGAACUUGAAACGCAUCGAACACAAAAGCCCGGAUGUCACCUUGGAGCUUUCAUGGGGAAAACCCAAUCAGACUUAUGGACAGCUGAUAGGUUACAGACUCCGUUAUGGUAUUCGUGAUUCACAGCUGACUGAAAUAAUAUUGACAGAGACCCGUCAUGUUAUCAAUCAAUUGGAGCGAGGUGUGGAGUAUGAAUUUAGAGUGUCAGGCCAGAAUGAAAGAGGGUUCGGCCAAGAGGUCGUCAAGUACUUCCAAACCCCUGAAGGACCACCAACUGGACCACCAACAAAUUUAACAUACAGAUUCCAGACCCCAGAUGUUGUUUGUAUCAUGUGGGAUGCCCCUGGCCGGGCCGAGAGAAACGGACAAAUUACUCGGUAUGAUGUUCAGUUUAAGAAGAAAAUUGAUCAGUCAGCAGUUAUUAACCGGAACACCACUCUAAACAAGGCUGUGUUUUCUGAGCUUGAAGAAGGUGCUUUGUACAUAGUAUUAGUUCGUGCAGCCACCCGCCAAGGACAUGGGCCUUGGAGUGAGCAUCUGUCCAUUCAAACAGCAAAAGACAUGCUUCGAGCACCAAUGGGCUUGAAAGCGGCAGCUACUUCCGAACAGUCCGUUGAAGUAUGGUGGGAGCCCUCAGUUGCUCGCACAAAAGUUACAGGCUAUCAGAUUUUCUACACAAUGACAGCAGUUGAAGAUUUGGAUCAGUGGCAGCAAAAAUCAGUAGGACUAACCCAUUCCGCUGAACUAGUCAGCUUAGAAAAAUAUGCUGAGUAUGCCAUCGCCAUUGCAGUCAACACAAGCAAUGGCCUUGGAAGACUUUCGGAGAAGGUUACCGUCAAAGUCAAACCAGAAGAUGUUCCUUUGAACCUGAGAGCGUUUGAUGUGUCCACUCACAGUAUGACCUUAUCAUGGUCUCCACCUAUAAGACUGAAUCCUUUAAAUUACACUAUCUCAUUUGAUGCGGUGAAAGAAUUUGUGGACUCUCAAGGUAUGACGCAAACACAAAUUGUGCAGAGGAGAGAAAUCAUUUUGAAACCUGAGGAUACAUCAUACAUGAUUAACGAAUUAUCGCCUUUCACCACAUAUAGUGUCAAUGUCUCAGCUGUUGCCAGUGACAAAGAAUACCGACCUCCUGCGAGAAUCACCGUUACAACGCAAAUGGCUGCGCCCCAACCUAUGGUUCAGCCUGAUUUCAAUGGCGUUGUUAAUGGUGAUAUGAUCCGGGUUGUUUUACCUCAAGCAUCUGAAGAAUAUGGACCCAUUAGUCAUUAUUAUCUCAUUGUCGUUCCUGAGGAUCCUAAUAGUGUUAAUAAAAAUCCGGACCAGUUUUUGACAGAAGAGCUUAUAAGCGGUAAAGGCCUAAGGAGUGAGUAUGAACGUCCACCAUAUAUCGCUGCUAAGUGGCCUCAGCGAACUAUUCCUUUCACAUUCGAUCUGGGCAGUGGAGAAACAUUUGAAGGUUUUGUCAAUCGGAAACUAGAACGUGGAGUUAGGUACAAGGUGUUUGUCCGUGCUGUGGUUGACGCUCCGCAAAAAGAUAAAUUAUUCACUUCAAGUCCUUGCUCCGAGUACAUGGCUCUGGAUAUGAAAGGAGUUCCCCCUGGAGAUCCGCCUCGCCGGCCUGACCCAAGUGCCCCUGGUGACCACACUCAGAUUAGUGUAAAUCUGGCCAAUGAACAGCCUGCAAUGGUUUGGGUCAUAGGCCCAAUUAUCCUAGCCCUGCUUCUUUCCAUAUGUCUUGUUCUCAUAUUUAUCAUCAGACGACGCCGCCAACCUUGUAAAUACCCAGAUCAUGCUGCUGUGACCCGUCCUUUAAUGGCUGACUCAGGUGGAAUCAUGCCAAAAAUUGCUGCUCCAUCAGAUCCUGUCGAGUUACGGCGUCUAAGGUUCCAAACGCCUGCCAUGGUCUCUCACCCUCCCAUCCCUAUUACACGACUUGCUCAACACAUUGAUGCUCUUAAAGCGAACGAUAAUCUCAAAUUCUCACAAGAGUACGAGAGUAUUGAACCAGGUCAGCAAUUCACAUGGGACCACUCAAAUUCGGACGUUAAUAAACCAAAGAACCGUUAUGCCAAUGUUAUUGCCUAUGAUCAUUCACGCGUUAUUCUUACACCAAUAGAAGGUGUGCCCGGCAGUGAUUAUAUCAAUGCCAAUUUCUGUGAUGGCUAUCGCAAAAACAAUGCUUAUGUUGCAACACAGGGUCCUUUACAAGAAACAUUUAGUGACUUUUGGCGGAUGAUUUGGGAACUCGGGGCUGCGACAAUUGUGAUGAUGACAAGGCUUGAGGAGCGGGCUAGAAUCAAGUGCGAUCAGUACUGGCCGUCGCGUGGUACAGAAACUUACGGACCCAUCACUGUUACAUUGUCUGAUACUCUGGAGCUUGCCACGUAUUCAAUAAGAACAUUUCAUGUGAACAAGGGUGUUGAUGGAGAGAGAAGAGAAAUCAAGCAGUUACAAUUCACCGCAUGGCCGGAUCAUGGUGUGCCAGAUCAUCCGGCUCCUUUCCUUCAGUUCUUGCGAAGAGUACGUGGUGUCAAUCCAUCCGAUGCCGGACCUUUGGUUGUUCACUGUUCAGCUGGUGUCGGAAGAACUGGAUGUUUCAUUGUCAUCGAUGCCAUGAUCGAACGAAUACGGCAUGAAAAGACAGUAGACAUCUACGGCCAUGUCACUUGUCUCCGAGCGCAAAGGAAUUAUAUGGUGCAGACUGAAGAUCAAUACAUUUUCAUUCAUGAUGCUCUUCUCGAGGCAGUCAUCUGCGGCACCACAGAAGUACCAGCCAGAAAUCUUCACUUCCACAUCCAAAAGCUGAUGCACGUCGAAGCUGGUGAUUCUAUCACUGGUAUGGAGCUUGAGUUCAAGAAACUUUCGAACAUCAAGUGUGACUCCAGUCGAUUCGUGUCUGCAAGUCUAGCCUGCAACAAGCACAAGAACCGGUUAGUCCAUAUCUUACCAGUGGAGGGAACUCGUGUUUGCCUAUCUCCUAUCCGAGGCAUCGAAGGAUCAGAUUACAUUAACGCCAGCUUCAUUGAUGGUUACCGACAACGUGGUGCUUAUAUCGCUACCCAAGGACCCCUCCUUGACACAACGGAAGAUUUUUGGAGAAUGCUCUGGGAACAUAACUCUCCUAUUGUGGUCAUGUUAACCAAACUGAAAGAAAUGGGCAGAGAAAAAUGUCACCAAUAUUGGCCAAGCGAACGAUCAGUCCGUUACGACAAUUUUGUGGUGGAGCCUAUUGCCGAGUACAAUAUGCCUUUGUACAUAUUGAGAGAAUUCAAAGUCACUGAUGCACGAGACGGCAGUUCUCGCACAUUACGACAAUUCCAGUUCACAGAUUGGCCGGAGCAGGGUGUCCCGAAGUCAGGAGAUGGGUUCAUCGAUUUUAUUGGACAAGUGCACAAAACCAAAGAGCAGUUUGGUCAAGAUGGCCCUAUCACAGUUCAUUGCAGUGCUGGGGUUGGACGUACUGGAGUGUUCAUAACGCUAAGCAUUGUUUUGGAACGUAUGCAAUAUGAGGGUAUAAUUGAUCUAUUCCAAACUGUUCGCAUCCUUCGCACUCAACGCCCAGCCAUGGUACAAACUGAGGAGCAAUAUCAAUUCUGCUACCAUGCUGCUCUGGAAUACCUCGGCUCAUUUGACCAUUACACGAAUUGAGAAGAACUUUGUGCGUUGUCAGGCAUCGCAAAUGAAUUUGCUGUCUAAACGCACAUUGAUCUCAUCGAAUAAUAGACUGUUCAUUACAAUAAUUGAUCUCUUAAAGACGUGUGAAUAUGCAUUUGUUCAUGAGUUUCAUGCAUAUCAUAUGUUUAUUGCCAGUGUUAGUUUAGUUUAAACCGAAUAUCAAGGCUAAUCAUAAUUAUAAGAAAAGAUAAGUAGACUGAACGCCCUUAUGAAGUCGAUUUUCUGUUAUUAGCUGCGCUUACUGUUAAUGUUGUAUAUAUUCAUAGUUUUAAUGAAUCAAUGCAUAAUACUAAAAUUGUAUAAGUGUAAAAUGUACAUAUGUAGGUACGUUUUAUUCUAGAAAAUUUUCAAUUGUAGAGCAAGAGUGUUUUAGUUUUUGUACUGUGGACGUUUGUUAAACUAGUUUUAUGUUUUUAAAAACAUCCGAUUGCCAGAGAAGUUUUUUUGUAUGUAUGUAGUAUGAUUACAUAUGCAGGAGUUUUGAUUACUCAACACUUUUUUAAUAUUGAAUUAAAGAACAAAUAGAAGCGCUUAUCUCAGCAAUUUUUUAAAAAUAUAUCGCUUGCGGUGCUAAUCUCAUCUUCGAAAAUGUGCAGCUCCCAACAGUAAAAAAGAGGAAAAAAUCUCUUAAAUUUGCGGAAACCCCUAAUAUUUAUUUUUCCCCGCAAAAAGUGUAGUGAAAAUCAUUUAGCUGCUUUUUAUGCCUGGAAUUCAGAAUCAAUUUCGUACCCUUGCCACAUAAAUAGAUAAAACUCCCUAUCAUCUAUGUCCAUACAGAAAAUUACCAUUGAUAUAAGAAAGGAAACUCCUCACUAACUGAAAAAAGAAUCAUGAUAGACAUCUAUGUUUCAUACUCUUUGAAGUUUUAAUUAAACUUUAAAACCUGUCAAAUAUUUGUUCCAGUUGACCUGAGUAUGAAUUUGUUUAAGUAAUUUUGUAAAUUAUUGUAAUGAAUAGAUAUUUUUGUACCCGUGUUGUAGAGGCAAACUGUUAUAGAUUAAGAUUCCUUUUUUUUUUUUAUUCCCCCUUUUUUUAUACAGUUUUCUUUUAACUGGAGAUUCAUUUUCUUUUACAAAAAUGAAAGGUGAGAAUAACAUAUCAAAACACAGUCAGGUAAUAGACAAAAUCUGUAAACUUCCAACUCAGAGGGCAUCUUUUACUUACUGACGGUUAGACAAAAGAAUCUCUUUCAUGGAUGAAUUUUAGUUCAUAGCGGUUCUCUCUGAAUUAGUUUCAAUAAUAGAAAAAUUUUUCCAUUAAAUAAGAGAGCUCUGCUAGCAGCUAGAGUGCUCGGUCUCCUAACUCUAAUUCUAAUUUUUCAUAAGAAUCAGCUGUAUUUUUUAAUCCAGCUGAAGUUUGUGACAGGACCAAUGUUAAAUGAAGCAGCCGGUGAAAGAGCUAGUCAAACAUUGCUGUGACCUAGACUGUAUUUUUACCAGUCUCUUCCAGGCCCCAUAAGGCAUAGGAUGAAAAAUAAAAAGUAACGCACAUAUUUCUCAUGGCGUGAAAUCUUUCUCUGUCAAUUUCAAGCUGUAAACUUGGUUAGCAGUAUCUUACCCGAAAAUGCAGACAAAACCUAGGAGAUCCCUCUGAGACAAUAAAAGACGACCAGUUUUUUUUUAUCCACCUUGUAAAUUCGAGUACCUACUGUGUUUCUUUAAGGGGUUGGAAACUGUGAUGUUCGCAUAUUUGUGUGUAGUUUAGUUUGUUAAUGAAGGAGUAAUUUGGACAAAACCAAGAUUACUCUUCUGCACAACUGUCAACUCAUUGUGUCAAUGAAAGUUGUUAAAGAAAAAAAGAGUUUUAAAAUUUUUAAUUGAAUCGGUUAAAAGAAAUAUUUUGUAAAUAAAGAAGAAGGCCUUUUUUUAUCAUAAGCCUAGUCUACAGAAUUUUUCUAACUUUUACAGCGGAUAUAAGAAAUGAAUUAGCAACACACAAUUGCAAGAUUCUCAAGCAGUAAAAAUUUACAAUAAAGUUGUAAGGAGGCAUUCUAAAACUCACUUUUGCUGAAUAUCAUUUAGAGAAAGACAUUUAGGGGAAAUGAAUUUUAGAUAAACUCUCAAAGAUUUUCAUAUCACAGUUACGUGCUUCAUAGCGCAAAAUUCCUCUGAUCACAGCUUUUCUUUUUCUUUCAUUUUCUAUUUCCUGUUUAUUUGUAACAGUUGUUGACCUAUAUAUUUUGUAAAUGAGUAAAUUUUGAGUCUGUUUUUUCUAUCGUUAAUUUUAUAAUAAUGUGUUUGUCCUGUGUACAUUUGCAGCUUUUUCAGUUGCCUUUACUCAGUACUUAUUUGAAUGCCAUAAUCAUUGUAGAUGCUGUCCGUUCUCAUUAGAACAGGAAUGACAGUCCUUAUAGGUACCUACUUGACUUAAUGAUCGAUAAUAAUUACUUAUAGUGAUGCUCAUUAGAUUUGCUCCGACUCUCUUUAAAUUAUCAUAAUUCACAUUUGUUUUCAUAGGUUUGAUUUUAUCUUUCAUAUUGAUUGCUUUACCAAGAUCCCUGUAAAAUUUAAAAUCAUCUCGAAACAGUUACAAGGAAAUGGCUCACAAAUCUUACAUCACCUGAAAGUAUGAGAGGUAAAAGUUGAAAUGAACGUUUUUAAGUAUGUUUCGAACAUUCCCAAUUUUGAUCAUUUUUACCCCAUCAAAAUCGAAAAGUAAGGGCAUGAUUAUCUGCUAAGUUCUCUUUUGUGAUUAAUUGUUAUUAUAACAAAUGUUACAAGGAAGGUUAUAACUAGUCAGAUAAUGGUAACAUGUUUCUGCACGAUUUUUUUUUACCAAAUGAAGAAUUAUCUUCGGUUUAGUCCUACAAUCUUUAUCAUGAACUUUGGUCGUAAUCUUGACUGUGCUUUCUCCUCGAAUCCCCUUUCUUUCUUUUUUUUCCAAUAUUUUUUUUUUUUUUUUUUUAAAUAGGUAUGCAUAACUUUAAUGGCAAUGUUUCAGAUUCUUAUAUGUAUGAUUUUUCUAGUCCUAUUAUUACAAAAUUGUUCGCACAGGGUUCCUGACUGCCUGGCAAUUUUCAGUUAUAAAGUUUAAAAUUUAUAGAAUGCCCUACAAUGUUGAUUUUAAAUAAUUUUUAGUGCGUUUAACAUAACAAGUUCUAUUUCUUUUUCCUUGCAUCGGUAAAGUUCCAUGAAAAUUUUUUCAACUCGCAUUGUGUGAUGAACAUCAUAUCUUUAACUUGUUAAGAAAACCAAAAAUUCUCAUGAUGAAGGGAAAAAGCUCUUUUUUAACAAAAUUUUCCCUCAAAGAGAUGUGUUGUAGAGAGGAUAAUGGAUUAAUGUAAACAACCUAUUGAAUCCAGUCUCUCUAUUCUUGAAAAAAGAAAAAGAGAAAGAGAGAAAAAAGCAACAUUGAAUAUUGUCAGACACGUGAUAAAUGGUAUACUUAAUUAUAAUUUCAUUGUUACUGUUCCUCUCCCCUGAGCCUAACUCCUAUAUUUUCUGCCAUUUUUAAAUUCUUUUUUCAGUCUUAAUAUGUAUUAAUAUUUCACUUUUCUAUCUUCUGUACUUUUAUUAAGUUAAUUUUUAUGUUUUUCAUUUCUAUCUCUGAAAGCCGAAAAUAUUUGCAUUUCAAUAUCGCCACUAAUUCAGAGACUUUUUGAACUCAAAUUGAACAAUCUUGCGCUUAUUCUAGCAUUUAAUCUUCUUUAAUUUAUUUGUGCAACUUCAUAUAGUAUCUUAAUUGCAGUCAAAUCGUGAACGUUGUUUAUCUUCAAAGAUGAAAUAAAGAACUGGAAAUUGUGAAGUUCCUAGUGUAUGAUUAUUUAUUGAUUGUCUAUACUUUCUCAUAUCAAUUGAGCAUAUCUUACGUAAAAAUUUAUAACUUGCCUGCAAAGUUCGUUCUCUCCUGUUUUUUCUUUUGCUAAUUGCAGGAAUUAAGUCCAAGCUUCUAAGAAUUUUUUUCUUGUUCGUAAUUCAAUCACAAUUUGAACUUUUUCUACUUCCAGAAAAGUUUCUUGCCAAGUGUUCAAACUGUUUUGAAGCUAAGUUCUACCAGAAAUUUUUCAAUCAAAAUUUUACCUGAAUAUCAUGUAAGUACUUAAGUCAAAUUUUUGAAAGAAUUAUUUUUCUUUUCAAUUGAUCCAUGUAAAUACCUAAAUAAAGGGUAAUCACCAGAAA